AUGCCCGCUUCGCUUGAGUCGUCUCGUCCCAUCAUGGCCCCUUCGGCCCGCACCUCGGUCCGCUACAGCACAUACAGCGUCGCCCCCUCCGUCACCCCGACCUUUGCCACCAACGAUUCUGCGCAGGCCGAGUUCCGCGACAUUGCCUUCGGCCUCGAUCGCAUGGAGAACAAAGCACUCUCGUCACAGCGCGUUGUUCUUGACGAGGAAAAGACAGACAAUAUGCGCAAGCUCGCACUCGGUGCCAAGCUCGAGCGCGCCCUCGACCGUCGCAUGAGCUCCCAGGAUGCCGUUAUGCGUCCCCGUCCCAAGAAGCCCGUCAUGUCGGAAAAGCAGCAGCUCGUCGAAAAGGUGGCUUAA